AAAAUAAGGGACUCUGAAACUAGUUUCGUCAUUCGGGCACGGUUCAGCAAAAUCCGGCGCUCGACGUGACGCCUGCGCUCCUCAGAUUCCUAGCGCGCAUUUCGAGUCACUGCUUCAAAAUCCCUCCUCUUUUUGUCCAUUUGGAAUUCGCCCUCCCGCGGUCUCUUCUCAACGAUCUCCACUAGUUCUACUGUUCCCCUCGCUCGAUCGAUCCGCGGUUUCUUCCUUAACUCAGAUAGAAACCCUAGCUGUUCGCGCGGUUGGAAGAUGGUCGGAGACGCGAAGGAGUGCGUUCAAGCGGCUCUGUCGGUUGAACCGCUGACAGUAUCCACGAGCUGCGGAGAAGAUGCGCCGAUGGCGGAUUCGUCGCUGGGCAAGGCCGGGAGGCGAUUUAGCGCCAGGUUGCUGGGGAAACGACAUCAUUACGGCAGUCCGAAGCAGUCGGAGCCAGGUCCCGGUGACAACAUAGCAAAAAAAAUGGCAGGAGAGGGUAGUGUUGAUGGUGGAGAUGGCUGCUCCCGGAAUGGAGCUGCGAAGAGUGACCAUGGCGAAGCUGCGACCACUGAGUUGCCCACUGCCAAGGUCGCUACCCGAUCCAGUCCCAGGCUUGCAGAGAAACAGCGGCCAAAUUGCAGUGACAAGCAACCCGAGAAGGGUCCUAGGAAAGAAAUCGUGAAAAUGAGGGCCAUAAGGGACCUCUCGCUUAUGCAAGCUACCAACAGUGAGGAUACGGCGGCUCUUGGCAAGGUUGAUGCUAACGCACAGGGUAGUGUUGAUGGUGUGGGUGGUACCUCCCAGAAUGGAGCAGUGAAGAGUGAUCAAAUGAAGGUUAAGGAGUCACUGCGGGUUUUUAACAGUCACUAUCUUCAUUUUGUUCAGGUGGAAGAGCAGAGAGUAAAGCAAGUUGAAGUCAAACAAUUAGCAAAUUGUAAGGCUGCAAAAGUCAAGGUUCCAAAAAAGAAGAUUGUAGGCAGCAGUGAAGAUGAAAUAAAACGAGGUUCAAAAAGGCCUGAUCUCAAAGCAAUCACCAAAAUGAUCGAGAAUAGAUCUGUUUUAUAUCCAGAGAAAAGAAUAGGCCAUCUUCCAGGUAUUGAUGUUGGGCAUCAAUUCUAUUCACGUGCUGAAAUGGUGGUUAUUGGUAUACAUAGCCAUUGGUUAAAUGGAAUUGAUUACAUGGGGAUGUCUUAUGCUAAGCAGGAAAAAUAUAAGGGUGUUACUUUUCCACUCGCUGUGUGCAUAGUGUUGUCAGGAAUGUAUGAGGAUGACACUGAUAACGCAGAUGAAAUUCUGUAUACCGGUCAGGGUGGGCAUGAUCUUCUUGGAAACAAGCAACAAAUCAAAGAUCAAAAGUUGGAACGUGGUAAUUUGGCAUUGAAGAAUAGCUUUGAAUCUGGUUUGUCUGUUAGAGUUGUUCGUGGACAUGAAUCUCGAAAUAGCUAUUGUGGAAAAGUAUACACAUACGAUGGCUUAUAUAAGGUUUGUGGAUGGAAAAGGAAUUUUAUUUUUUGGACUAUGUUUAGAUGGUGUUGCACUUUAUGCUGA